AUUCCUGAUUCCAAUACUUUAUAUUGGAUCGAAUUUGUAUUUUCCAUAGAUUUUUCAGCCUCGGACGAAACCCUUCGAUUGUACACUGACCUGCUGGCCAACUACGAGAAAGAUGUUCGCCCUGCCUUGCAGCACGACAUGCCGAUUAAUGUCACCUUCGUUUUCAUGCUCACACAAAUCAUUGACGUGGACGAACGUAAUCAAAUCCUCACCACAAACGCCUGGUUGCAUCAAUCUUGGACCGACUACAAAUUGGUUUGGGAUCCACGGAAAUACGGCAAUCUCACUAGGAUCCACAUUCCGCACGAGAGGAUCUGGCGACCCGACGUUGUGCUCUACAACAAGUAG